AAUUUCGUAGUCAGUGAACACACACACACACAAGGCAGAGAGGCAGGAGGAGCGAGAGACGAAGAGAGGAGAGAAUAUGGGAGGGUGGGCUAUUGCUGUGCAUGGAGGCGCUGGAGUCGACCCAAAUCUCCCACAACAGCGUCAAGAGGAGGCCAAACAACUCCUUGCUCGCUGCCUCAAUCUCGGCAUCUCCGCUCUUCGUUCCAACCUUUCUGCCAUCGAUGUCGUCGAACUCGUUGUCAGAGAACUGGAAACCGAUCCUCUGUUCAAUUCUGGCCGCGGAUCUGCCCUGACGGCGAAAGGAACCGUGGAGAUGGAAGCGAGCAUCAUGGAUGGGCAUGGGAGAAGAUGCGGCGCCGUUUCGGGCUUGACCACCGUCAAGAACCCGGUAUCGCUCGCCAGGCUCGUCAUGGACAAAUCUCCUCACUCCUACCUCGCCUUUUCGGGUGCCGAAGAGUUCGCCAGGCAACAGGGGGUGGAGCUUGUGGACAAUGAAUAUUUUAUCACGGAAGAGAACGUGGGAAUGCUGAAAUUGGCAAAGGAAGCAAACGCCAUCGUGUUUGAUUACAGGAUUCCAGCGGUUGGAUUGGAGACAUGCGGCGCCGUUGCGGAGAGUCCGAUUCAGAUGAACGGGCUCCCAAUCAGCGUGUACGCGCCGGAGACGGUUGGGUGCGUGGUGGUGGACAGCCAGGGCCGGUGCGCGGCUGCGACGUCGACCGGGGGGCUGAUGAACAAAAUGAGCGGGCGCAUUGGAGACUCGCCCAUGAUAGGCGCUGGGACCUACGCGUGUAAUCUCUGUGGGGUCUCGUGCACUGGAGAAGGUGAGGCAAUCAUACGGGGCACCCUGGCGCGUGAGGUGGCGGCUGUGAUGGAGUACAAGGGCCUGGGCCUUCAGGAGGCCGUGGACUAUGUGAUCAAGGAACGGCUCAAUGAAGGGAAGGCUGGGCUCAUAGCGGUGUCGAAUAAGGGGGAAGUGGCUUGUGGGUUUAAUACAACUGGCAUGUUCAGGGGCUCUACCACUGAGGAUGGCUUUAUGGAGGUUGGUAUUUGGGAGUAGACUCUCGGGGCCUUUGCGUGGGGUUUCCUGCUAUGCUUUAUGUAAUAAGAAAUCUUAAUUAGGUGUAUCUUGGAAAUAAAAUGCUAAGUCUUUCUUUCUUUCU